UAUACCGAUAUAGAGAAAUACAUCAUCGGCAAAUUCUUAAACGAUUUCCUACCACAAACACUUUGUUGCCUACUCCUUCACAUACAUCUGAAACAAAAAACCAAAAAAACUUAUCCACACCUAAUUCAACAAAAACAUGAAAUUUUAACCAUAGAAUCAUCAAGAACUCUGAACAAAAAUAAAAACACCCAAAACAAUGGCAGCAGCUUUAUCGUCAAUGGCUUCCAUGGUGGGGUGGAAACCCAUGAACAAAACAGAAACCUUAUUCCCCAGAAAACGAAGCAACAAUGGCUUCUCGGUGUGUGCUCAACAACAAGAAGUGCAAGAAUCAACUUCAAUACAACAAGAAGAAGUGAAAGAAGAGAAACCGGUGGUGAAGGGUGUCACCCAGCCGAGGCCCGUUGAGCCACAAGUGAAUGUACAAAGCAAGAACAUGGGGCGGGAGUACGGUGGUCAAUGGCUGAGCAGCACCACAAGACACGUGAGAAUCUUCGCAGCAUAUAUCGACCCUGAGACAUGUGCUUUCGAUCAAACACAGAUGGAUAAGCUCACCCUUAUCCUUGAUCCCACGGAUGAGUUUGUUUGGACGCCGGAAACCUGCAACAUGGUUUACUCGUACUUUCAGGAGCUUGUUGACCACUAUGAGGGAGCACCAUUGACGGAAUACACAUUACGACUUAUUGGUUCAGACAUAGAACACUACAUUCGGAAACUGCUUUACGAGGGACAUAUACAAUACAACAUGAAUGCAAGGGUCCUAAAUUUCAGCAUGGGAAUACAUAAGCUUUCAAAUCUAUCUAUCACUACAGGAAUACAUGGCUAUGCUAGAAACUUAUUUUGA